CCCAGUGAUGCUGCCGCUCAAGUGUUGCAUGCUGAAGAGUCCACGACGCUCCGUGAGAGAGAGAGAGAGAGGGAGAGAGAGAGAGAGAGAGAGAGAGAGAGAGAGAGAGAGAGCUCCGGCCCCGAUAGGAUGAAGGCUCGGUCUGCGGCUGCAAACGUAGGGAAAUGAAGAUGAAGAUAAGAGUGUGCCAAGGGGUUAGUGGCAUCAUCAUCGUCACCAUGGUUACCAGCUUAAUGUUGUUGUACAACAGCAGCUCCGGUGGGAGAUCUUCUUCCUCGCCGGCGUCAUCAUUAUCACCCCACCGUUUAGAUGGACCUGGUCCCUCCACGAAGAAGCCAGAGAGAGUCCCAACAUCAACACUUGAGGGGUACACAGGUGUCAUGGAUCAUAAGCCUCUGAAGAUGCACUGCAGGACUUGCGCCCUGGUGACCAGCUCCGGCCAUCUAACCGGGAGCAAGAGAGGUGAAGAAAUCGACCGCUCCGAGUGUGUAAUCCGUAUGAAUGAUGCUCCCAGCAUAGGCUACCAGCAGGAUGUUGGCCAGCGCACAAGCCUGCGUGUCGUCGCUCACUCCAGCCUGCAGAGGGUUCUGCGGAGCCGGCAGGAGCUUCUCAACGCGAGCCAAGACACGGUGUUCAUCUUCUGGGGACCCAGCAGUUGCAUGAGACGGGAUGGAAAAGGCCAUGUUUACAACAACCUCAGGCUGGUUAAACAGCUUCUGCCGAAACUCAAAAUCUACGUCAUUUCCCGGAUCAAAAUGCUGAAGUUUGAUGAACUAUUUAAAAAGGAAACAGGGAUUGAUAGGAAGAGUUCCAACUCCUGGCUGAGUACCGGCUGGUUCACCAUGGCCAUAGCCCUGGAGCUGUGUGACAGGAUCAACGUGUAUGGCAUGGUGCCACCUGAUUUCUGCAGAUCCUCCUCCCAUCCCUCUGUGCCGUAUCAUUACUAUGAGCCCUCUGGGCCCGACGAGUGCUCCAUGUACCUCUCCCACGAGAGGAGCCGACGAGGAAGCCACCACCGCUUCAUCACAGAGAAGACGGUGUUUGCAAACUGGGCUCGAACCCUAAGCAUCCACUUUUUCCAGCCAGACUGGAAGCCCGCUGCUGUCAUCAUCACCAGCACAAACAGCUCAUAUGCUCCAGUUCUAGCUGGAUCCUGAGAUUCACUCCAGAGACGAUGCCCAGAAGUGUAGAAUAUGUGUGUGGACAGUUUCCAGCAUGCAUCCUCUCUGGCUGAUAUGAAUGCAGGAGACAGCAGUAGGACAGAACAAGCAACUGUUGUGGCUGUUUGCCUACUGCCUAAGCAGCUUGGCAGAAUGGGAUCAUUGCAUAAUAGCAGCACAAAGCCUCGACAAUGUUUGGGAAGUGUAACUAUAAUAGGAUGAAUUUCAUACUGGAAUCAAAGCCAUGGAGCUUGGCUCAAGUGUGUUUUUUACUUUGUGUAAAGAUGCUUUAAUAACACUCAAUCGGUCAGGGAGGAGACAGGCAAUGAGACAACACACCACUGCAAUAACUGCAGUAUGAUUGAUUCAUCUUCAUAAAACUGAAUACAGAUUCAUUGAGGACAAUGAGGUCAUGACCUUAUUGUUUCUGAGAAUGUGACAUGAUCUGUUUCAUUGAGAAGUUUAUGCUUCACACAUAAAUUAAACAUAGUGCGUUUUCAAAGCUGAUUGUGAUAUUUCUAGAGAUUUAUGUACCCACUUUCAACAAUACAGUAUUCACAAUACAGAGAAGAAAGUGUGCCAGAGGCAACCAAUAUGUCAGUAACAGAACAAACCCACAUGACAUUGCAGUAGGCGAUGUAUAUAUCACAAAUUUUGGAGUAUACUGCAAUAAAUUCAAGAUUUUACAGAAAAGUAAAACAUAAUGUAGUAAUACUGCUUAUUGGUAUACUUGUAUAUGUCGUUGGCACCUUACACAGAAAGAGGUUAAUGUGCGUGUGAGGAAUCCAGGCUUAAUCACAAGGUUCCAUAUGUAAUAUUCUAAAGCUUUUUAUGUAUUAUUUAAUGUAUAAAUCCAUUUUUAUUACCAAUGUGUGAACAAGUUGUAACGUAACUUAAGAAAUUAGACCAUC